UUCAGCAUAAGCGGCUCCUUGCACCUUAAGCUAACAAACACGUUGAAACAGCCACUCGUAGGAAAGCAAGGUACCUUAACUUUUCUCACCUUCCUCCGAUCCCACCUGUGAAUCACCAAAAUCUCCGUCGCACUCAAGAGGAAGAGGAGGAGAGUCACAUUUUGAUACUUCAUAAUUGCUUCUGCUCGAUACCCCUCGCUCACUAGACAUGCUUGCGCCUUUCUCGCAUCAUAUCUCCUCGCGAUAGCAGUUUCAAAAAGAAACCAAGAAAAGAAAAAAUGCCCCUCCCGACCUCAGCAGUCCCAAUGCGCGCCCUCAGGGCAACGAAGCAAUGUCGAGUCUCUGGGGGACCUUUCAGCUCCAGGACGCUGCGCCGAGUAUACACAAGUUUACCUCCACAACAAACACCCACUACCGUGCGACCGCGGACCUUAAAACCCUCAUUCUUCGAGCCACAUGGGGUCGCUAAGAUCAACGCCCGCCUCGCAUCUGGGACUGGGAGCCCUCUUCCGAGGGCACGGUCAAAGCUUCUAACUUAUACAUAUAAAGCAGCGGCUUGGUGUGGCGGAUCGGUCGUCUUCGUGAGCCUGGUUAUAGCUGGGUUCUUCAUCUACGAUGCUUCUACAUACAAGGAGCAUCCCACCCAGCAAGACGUCGAAGUAGCCCACUUGGCUCUAUUUCCGCGAAGAGGAGGGUCGAAGAACCUGCCAAUUGCCGAUGUAUUGAUUGACGAUUCGGACAGCGAGGAGAAGAUACGACAGCGUGACAAGCCAAAACUGGUGAUCUUGGGUGGUGGCUGGGGUAGCGUGGCCUUGCUCAAGGAAUUGAAUCCGGACGAUUACCAUGUCACCGUCAUUUCGCCCAAGAACUAUUUCCUUUUCACGCCGAUGCUCCCCUCAGCUACCGUCGGGACCUUGGAGCUGAGGUCUCUCGUCGAGCCUAUGCGUCGAAUCCUCGGGCGUGUCCACGGCCAUUUCAUUCGAGCGAAAGCCGAGGACGUCGAGUUUUCCCACAAACUAGUUGAAGUGUCCCAGGUCACCCCGGAAGGCGAGGAGGUCAGAUUUUACGUUCCCUACGACAAGCUGGUCAUCGCCGUCGGGUCCGUGACCAAUCCGCACGGCGUCAAGGGUCUGGAAAACGCUCACUUCCUGAAGGAUAUCAAUGAUGCCCGAUUGAUACGCAAUUCCAUAGUUCGCAACUUGGAGCGAGCUUCCCUACCCACCACGUCAGACGAGGAGCGGAAGCGACUGCUCUCCUUCGUCAUUAGCGGCGGUGGUCCCACGGGUGUCGAGUUCGCCGCCGAGCUGUACGACUUGCUCAACGAGGACUUGACGCUCCAUUUCCCACGGCUGCUGCGGAAUCAGAUAUCGGUGCACCUAAUCCAGAGUCGCAGCCACAUCCUCAACACCUACGACGAAGCCGUGUCCAGGUACGCCGAGGAGCGGUUCCGUUGUGAUCAGGUCGACCUGCACACCAACUCGCGUGUCCAAGAGGUUUUACCCGACAAGAUCAUCUUCACCCAGAAACAGGAUGAUGGUUCUAUAGUCACAAAGGAGCUCCCGAUGGGCUUCUGCCUGUGGUCGACUGGAGUCGCACAGACCGAAUUCUGUAAGCGGCUUGCGAAGAAGCUGGGCCCGAACCAGACGAACCGCCAUGCCCUCGAGACCGACACCCACCUCCGUCUCAAUGGAGCUCCGCUGGGUGACGUCUACGCCAUCGGCGACUGCGCGACGGUGCAGAACAACGUGGCGGACCACAUUGUCACCUUCCUCCGCGGCCUCGCCUGGAAGCAUGGCAAAGAUCCGGAAACGCUCGAGCUCCACUUCAGCGACUGGCGGGCCGUGGCGAAGGACGUGAGAAAGAGGUUCCCGCAAGCCGUCACCCAUCUGCGCCGCCUCGACAAGCUGUUCGCCCAGUUCGACAAGGACCAGUCCGGUACCCUCGACUUCGGCGAGCUGCGCGAGCUCCUGAAACAGAUCGACUCCAAGCUCACCUCCCUACCCGCCACCGCCCAGCGAGCGCACCAGCAGGGCCAAUACCUCGCACACAAGUUCAACAGGAUGGCACGCGCCGUAGAUGCGUUGCAUCUCAACCAUGUGCGUGACGGCGACAUCGACUCCGUCGUCUAUAAGGCCUUCGAGUAUCAUCACCUCGGUAGCUUGGCAUACAUCGGCAACUCGGCUGUCUUCGACCUCGGCCAGGGUUGGAAUGUGGCCGGCGGUCUCUGGGCCGUGUAUGCCUGGCGGUCUGUCUACUUCGCGCAGAGCGUGAGCUUGCGUACACGCAUCCUGCUUGCCAUGGACUGGAUGAAGCGGGGUAUGUUCGGAAGAGACAUGGUGAGCUUUUAACUCGGCACAGCUUCCACGGAUUCGAAGCGGCGCUGCAAUGUGCUGCUACCUGGCACGCAUUGAUUUUAGAAGUUUAAGAGAGUAAAUCUGAAGAACACCAGGAAAGGUCGUUUAUGAUCAUGAACAUAUAAUAGCAUCCCCGUGGUCUGGGAUUCGUGUCGUUGUCUGUCCCUUUUCAUUAUGUAGGCAUGCGGCAACAUCGCAUAAGUGCA